AGUGACCGAGUGGAUGCUUGCUUGACUCACGCAAUAUCAACCUCACUCGUUUCAGAGCCGUGUCGAAACCCGGAACAUUGACUUCGCUCCCCGACAUCAAUUGCCGAUUCGAGAAUUCCACUUCCUGACACUCGAAACGUUACCUCCCCCCAGACCUCCCGUACCCCUCACCAUCAUCAUCAUGGCCUCUUACUUGAGCGCAAGUGAGGCAUUCGCCCAAGAGAAGCUCGCCCAGGACGCACAGCAGCCGAUCUCGCAGUCUACCUGGGCGGACAAAUAUCGCGGUGCCACCGUUGAGGACCUCGACCCUCCCCCCGCCCUGUCUGUCUCCCCCGAUGACCCAAUCUCCGCUGCUCUGCUCGCUGCGUAUGAGCGCGACUACACACACCUGACUGUCACCUCUUCGACGAAACGCUCGCUUCUCGGAUACCUUAGCAUCCCCCGCCUUAAGGAGUUGUUGAAGGAGGGCGCCGUGAAGGAAACCGACUCAGUGUCCGCUGCCAUGCAGCGGUUCAACCGCAAGCGAGGCACAUAUCAAGUGAUCACGAUGGAGACUCCGUUGGAGGAGCUGGAGCAGUUCUUCGAGAGCGACACCGAUGCCAGUGGAGCGACGCGGGCCAAGCAGAGCUUCGCCGUCGUCACGGAUGCGUCGCGCAAGUUCGUGCUCGGCGUUGCAACCAAGGCCGACCUGGAGGAAUUUGUCAAGAGACGGCCGAACUGAUUCAGACACCCUUUUCUUUAAUCUGGCCCAUUUGUAUGAUUCCCUGGGCGGUCUUCACUAAAACUUAGCAAAUGCAUCUCCGGGGUGCACUUUCCUUAUACCCCGAUUCAAGAAACCCUUUUCGCUUGGACCUCCUGUGCUCUUGACAGGCUUCUCGGUGUCAUCCCCGGCCUGUCAGCGUAGCAGCUUUUGGCGCUUGUGCUUGUUGUGAUUUGACUAACAGUCUACGCAUGCACAUAGGCACCAAUCACCGGCCACACACUAGGACAGACAUAUCAUUUUCCUAGAGCGAUCCCC